GUCUGCAGUUACUGCUUUCAGGGGAAGGGAACUAAAUAAUCCUGUAGUUUAAUAAUAAUGUUGAUAAAUGUGUGUGUCCUCUUUCUUAAGAAAUCAUUUUCACCUUCUUGGAUUUGACUCAUUUUGCUUCUCUUUGAUGUCUGGCAAAUGGGAGCAAGUAAAAGCUCACCCCUUAUUUCUAGCACCCUCUCUUCCUUUACAAGAAGAUUUCGUUUAUCACUGGAAGGCAAUUACCCAUUACUACAUAGAGACUUCGGAUGACAAAGCCCCAGUGACAGAUACAAAUAUUCCAUCUCAUCUGGAACAGAUGUUAGAUAUAUUGGUACAAGAAGAAAAGGAACGGGAAUCUGGAGAGACGGGGCCAUGUAUGGAAUACUUGCUUUGCCCUCCAGGAAUGAAGCAGCAGGUGCUGGGAUUCUACACCAAACUCCUGGGCAGAAUCAAGCAGCCGCUACUUCCGCACAUCAACGUGCACAGGCCCGUGCAGAAAUUAAUUCGACUCUGUGGUGAAGUCCUUGCAACACCAACGGAAAAUGAAGAAAUUCAGUUUCUCUGUAUUGUGUGUGCAAAACUGAAAGAAGAUCCCUAUUUGGUUAAUUUUUUUCUGGAGAAUAAAUUGAAAUCGUUGGCUUCCAAAGGAGCAGCCAGUGUCACUGCAGAAGACACGUUAAAAGGUGCAGAGUCCUUGUCCACAGACACGGGACAGCCCUGUCGGCCCGAGGAGCUGCCUGGUGCCUCCGGGACGGAGCAGACGGAGUUAGACGAUGAGCCUCCUCCUCAGACGGACGACCUGUCCACGGGCCUGGAGAACCUGAGUGUCGUGUCACUGCCGGAGGCCACGGUCGUCCGCCCAAACCAGGAUUACAACCUCGUGAAUUCCUUGUUAAAUCUCACCAGAAGCCCUGACGGCCGGAUAGCUGUGAAGGCCUGCGAGGGCCUCAUGUUGUUAGCGAGUUUGCCAGAGCCCAAGGCUGCCAAGUGCCUCACGCAGAGCACGUGCCUGUGCGAACUCCUGACCGACAGGCUGGCCGCCCUGUACAAGGCCCUGCCUCCGUCGGUGGACCCCUUAGAUAUUGAAACCGUGGAGGCCAUCAACUGGGGUUUGGACUCAUAUAGUCAUAAAGAAGAUGCGUCGGCAUUUCCGGGAAAAAGAGCCUUAAUUUCAUUUCUUUCCUGGUUUGAUUAUUGUGAUCAACUCAUAAAGGAAGCACAAAAGACUACUGCUGUUGCUCUUGCCAAAGCCAUCCAUGAAAGAUUUUUUAUUGGUGUUAUGGAACCUCAGUUAAUGCAAACUUCUGAGAUGGGUAUCCUGACGUCGACUGCGUUGCUUCAUCGCAUUGUUCGGCAAGUCACCUCCAAUGUUUUGCUUCAAGAAAUGGUGUUUUUUAUCCUUGGGGAACAGAGGGAGCCAGAAACUCUGGCAGAUAUGAACAGACACCCUUUAAGACACAGGUUAAUUGAACAUUGUGAUCACAUAUCUGAUGAGGUGAGCUGUGCAAGGGUUCUUAGAGAUCUGGAAGAAGAUCCAUUAUUUACUGACAUUUCACCAGAUAACACUUUGUCAAACCAAGAAUGGCUUAGUUCUUCGCCACCUGCUACUCCAGACCACCCCAGAAAUGAUGGGAAGACUGAAGUCCAUAAAAUUGUGAAUAGUUUUCUCUGUCUGGUACCGGAUGAAGCGAAAUCAUCCUACCACGUUGAGGGCACAGGAUAUGACACCUACCUCCGAGAUGCUCAUAGGCAGUUCCGGGACUACUGUGCUAUCUGCUUAAGAUGGGAGUGGCCUGGGUCUCCAAAAGCCUUGGAAAAGUGCAAUUUAGAAGCCACUUUCUUUGAAGGCCAUUUUUUGAAAGUUUUAUUUGACAGAAUGGGAAGAAUUCUUGAUCAGCCAUAUGACGUCAAUUUACAAGUGACCUCGGUGCUGUCCAGACUGUCUCUCUUCCCUCAUCCACACGUGCACGAAUACCUUUUGGAUCCCUAUGUGAACCUUGCUUCUGGCUGUCGGUCUCUCUUCUCUGUCAUUGUCAGGGUCGUCGGAGACCUUAUGGUUAGAAUCCAGCGUAUUCAAGACUUUACUCCCAAGCUUCUACUAGUCAGAAAGCGAUUACUUGGUUUGGAACCGGAAGGCCCUAUGGUGGACCACAUCACCUUGCUGGAGGGCGUGAUCGUGCUGGAGGAAUUCUGCAAGGAGCUGGCGGCCAUCGCGUUUGUGAAGUACCACGCUUCCUCCACGCCGUAGGUACCCCUCCCCGGUCACCAAGCGAACAGAACUGCUGUGCACAUUUCACCUCAUGAAGAGAGGAUGAGAAAAGGCCCUUUUCAGUGAAGUAUUGCUGCAAACUGCACCGAAGCAUUUCGAACCCACCGAGUGGGCAACUUCAGUACUAUGUUGUGUAAUAGUGUUUUCAUUGCUUUUUCGUUAAGGCGCCAUACAUAGACGUGCACGUCCUUGAAUCCGGAUACAAUCAAAGGAACUUCCGGAAAUAAGCAUUUCUAAUGCCUGUGUGAAACGCUGCACAAUUUCUGAUGUCAUGCCUUUGAUGUUUCUGUUAUUUUAAUAUCCUUUUUGGUAGCAAGGCAUUUUGACAUCCUCUGGGACUCAGAUGCUUAUAUUCUUUUGGAUUAAUCAGAAGCAAAAAACAACAACAACGAAUUUUUAUAACUUUUUAAGGUUACUGACAGUGUUACCAUGGCCUGAAAUUCUUGGGCCAUCUCUGAAGAAACUUCAGGUGGUGAUUGUGUACCUACUAUCUCUUUAAAGGAAGUUGUGGUCAAGUCCAACUUUUUGUGCUAACAAUGCAUGCAGGACUAAGAGGGAUGAUCUAAAAAUAAAUCAUGCAAUUUAAACAAAA